AUGACUCAGCUUCCAGAAGCUGAAGAGUUGGAUCCACCGGAACCAGAUAUGGAAAUGUGGAGUAUAGAGGAACUGAGAAAACGAUCGAAGGAGCUUAAUUUAUUGGACGUAGCUGAAUUGGUAGAUCAUCAUGAAAAGAAGGAAACAAAAGAAGUUAAAGAAACGCCACCCGUUGAAAAGAAGGAAAAUGAACAUAGUCCAUCCAAAAGCAGCAAUUCUGGAAGCCAGAUUACUGUAAGAACCAGCCCUGUUGUAGUAGACACGUUACCAGUAUGUAGACAGUGCCACAAAAAAUGUUUGUCCAAACCAAACAGUCCAUUAUUGUCACAAACAGAAACAUUGCCUUUAAAGCCAAAACUGGAAGCAUCACCUCAAAACUCAAUAUCUAACAAAAGCUCACAAAGUCCAUGCAGUGCUAGUUGUGAAAAGCGGAAGUCCCAUUUUCAUUGUCACUUAGAACGCAAAGGUGCUAUUAGGAUAAAAGCUGAAGAUGGCCCAAAGGCAGCAGCAAAAGUUAUAGAUUCCAUAGAACAAAGUCAAAAGAUGCUGAAAUCCAAAUCAUAUGAUCUAAAAACUGAUUCGCCAAAUAUGACCCGAAGUAUAUCAGACGGAAAUACAAAAAAUAAGUUGGAGUUAAGAAAAGAUCAUUCUAUACGUUCCCUUAGUCCCACUUCAAGUAGCAGGAACAGCCCACUAUCGACGAGCCAUACGACAUGCAGCUCUAUGGUGUUCAAUUCUAGUUCAAAUGAUUUAAGGACUUCGAAUUCAAACAUAACCAAUCCAGUACAGUGCGUAAUCGCUCAAGAAAAAUACAUUAAUGAAGUAAAAUGUGUUGAAAGUAUAACUUUACCAAAAUCAAAACAUUCAUCACCUGCCUCUCAUAAAAAAGAUGAAAUAACAAGACAAAAGGCUGAAACUGUGCUGAAUAAAGUGUUAGGUAUAAAUAUAGUUACUAGAAGAGAAAACGUUGGUACACGUUUGAGAACAUCAUCAGUUUUCUUAGAUGAUGACUCAACAUUUGAAGACGAUAAUGAUUUUAAAAUUGAGAGAGGAUUAAGAAGGUCACCUCGAAUGGGCAUCGCAGCGAUGACCAAAAUGAAUGGAGAUAUAACGAAGAAAUCCGAAGAAACUGAGGAUCACAACGCUAACAUAAGCGAUGUACUGUCGGACGAAGAUACUGAACUAGGACCUUUAAUGCUGAUGGGUUUAUCAGCUAUCAAUCCAGCUGCGCACUUAAUGAGAGUUGAACCAUUUAGGCAUUCUAUCACAAACAUAAGUAACACCAAUUCCAGGCCCAGCAGCAUAGGUUCUGUUAAAUCAGAGUCACCGAUACCCAAUAUCGCAGUAGUACCGCCAACGCCUGAUUAUAAUACUAAUAAGACUGAUGAGCUUAUAGAUGAUUCCCCCGAUUCUCCCGAUGUUCCAGAUGACCUCCCUUAUAUAUCGUUGAAAAGAUACGGCACAAUGUCAAGUUUGGAACGAUUACCCUCUGACGAGACUGAUGAUGGAAAUGUAAGACUGACCGCAGAAGAAGCCGACGCGGCUAAGCCGUAUAAUACAGUGGCGAGUUCUGCUGGAGGUAUCAUGGGAUGGACGGCGCGUGCCGGCUCCUUCGUUGUUGAGAAAAUGAGUAUUUUUAGUCACACUGAAAAUGUACCGAACACAUCAAUAGCUCACAAACAGCCAUCGUUUUUAGAGAGGUGCCUUGGUGUAAGUGAGUGGAAGUCUACCCUGGGUACAGAAGAUGGGACCAUGGAGACUGGUGAAGGUAGCGGUGCCAGUGGUGAGGAAGCCUGGGGUACUCCAUCAUCUGGAGACUUGUCUGACAACCUACAGGAUUCUGAUCAUGGCACUUUGUCGUCUCCAACAAAGUCUUCAUCUUCCUACGUUGGCGAUGAUGAUACAGAGCUGAUGAUGGAUGAGCUACUUAUGGCACCAACUAUAACUGGUCCUACUACUUUAAGGCCACUUUUGCCAAGAGACGUUUUCAGAAGACGUCUUGAACCGUUAUUAGAAGAGGAAUUUUCAGAUAGUGGCAGCGAAGAUAACAAACCCACCCCCACAAAUUCUGAUGACCAGGUGAAUAUAAUUGAAGUUUGA